GUAGUGUAACCGUUACCAUUUCCGUUCAAACAAACAGCACGAUGAUUAUAAUGAGAAGGCAGUAGACAACAUUUUAGGUUGAAUUUACUAAAACUUGCGUCUUCUUUAAUCUUUUGGACAACGGUCUUUGUAAAUAAAGAUGUAUCUAAACUUAAUUUACAAAGUUAACCAAGAAUCAUGAAUUCUCCCCAGUCAUCAAGCAGGAAUGGCAAUGCGCUUGCCAGCAUAGAGGGUAUUCCAUCUGUGGUUGCCACCCAGAUACUCGGCUAUUUGACUUGGGAUGAAAAGCUUACCACAGCCCAGGUCCUGUCAACAUGGAAGCCACACAUGCACACACCCAGGGCAUGGCCAGUGGUCAAAUACAACAGAGAGUCAGAAGAAAAUGUGUACUUUGUGAAAGAAAAGAGAACUAAGUUUCUAAUAUGUUUAAAAAUAUAUGGCAAAUUUAUGAGAAACAUUGAAAUCUCAUUUGGGUAUAUCAUAUCAAGAUCUGGUCAACAAAUACUUCAUGCCAUUGCGGACAAUUGUAGUAUGCUGAGGUACUUCAGGCUUGGUCUUGGUGGCUGUCAAGAAUUCUCAGCACUUUCAGAGUUGGCACUUAAGAGGAAUGAUGUAGCAGCCAUUAUCUCCAUUCUAAGGUUAUGCAAGGACCUUGAUAAAGUUGGUCUUAUAUCGCCAUACAUUUGCUGGUCAGAUAGUGGAACCAAUUUACUCACAGAGCUUUGUGAAACAAGAUUAUCCACCAAAAUAACUGAACUAAGACUCAUGUCUUUAUCCUUGACUGAUCAUGAUGACUAUCUCACUUUGCUCCAAGACUUUUCAAGGCUACAGAUGCUCACAGUGAGAAGAGAGAAAAUCAACAACACUAUCCUGCUGCAGCUUGUAGCAAAUGGUCUACAAGAAAUUUGUCUCUAUCAAGACGAAGAGCUUGCUUUGGUUGAUGCCAGACAGCUUCGUGAGGACGUUUGGAGCCAAGUUUUGAAGAUCAAUCCAAACUUUAAGGUCGAUCUUGUACUGCAGUAUAUUCUAGUAAUUAAAGAUUCAUUUGUGACUAACAUGCCAUUACGAUCCCUUGUUCUUGAUGAUUUAGUGAACAUUGUGACAAAAGGAGUGAUGGAUCAUCUGGUUUCCUGCUAUAAACUUACCUUAGAGAGAUUUACAUACACAAAUUUGUAUCUGGAGAACUUUGAAAGUGGUGAUAGUCGUAUGCCAGCUGCUCUAAUUACCUUGGCAACCCUAUGUCAGAAACUGCACACAAUACGGUACGGCUUCCCUCUCUCCAGCACCACCAUUCUGAUAUUGGUCAAGACCAGGAGAUUAAAAGAACUGUUGAUUCCGUCUGUUGAAGUGUCUUACGAGUUUGACUGGCCCAUUCAGGAGCAGUGGGAGGAGGAGUUUGUAAGAUGGCUGGAGGCAAACCAUCGCAGUGAGGACCUGCUAGAGGCUGCCGUCUCCCAGGUGCUUGGGAGACCAUGGAAACUGCAAUACGAGAAUGGCCUCCUUGAGAGAAGUGUUAGCGUCAACAUGUAACUUAUAAAAUAUGUUGUCCAAAUUGUUUGCAAGAAUAUUUUAAUGUGGUCUAUAUAAUCUGAUGAUAUAAUUUUGCUCAAUGCAAAUUAUAAAUAAACUUGUAAUACCUAACCAAUUUUAUGGGCAUUAUUAUGAGAACAUUGAGAAGAACUUGUGAUUAGAAUGCUUUUUAUUCUGGCUGCUAGUACAGAAAUACAUGUAGUAUUGUACUUGUUAUUUUUAUUCAUAAUCAAAUUAAUGAUUCUUUAAAUAAUAUUUGUAUGUGCUUUAUCAAACUGGAAUAGCAUUGAAAUUGUAUUCUGAUGUUUAUGUUGUAAGUCUAUUAAUAUGCUGACUAUUGACUUUUUCAUCUGCUUUUAUGCAUUAGUAUUCACAUGAUAUAUACAGAUUGACACUACCUCUUUACCACUGUUCCUUAUCCUGUUGUUUUUUAUGCUAGAAACUGUCAACCCAUUGUGGAUCAUCUGAUAAAUUAUAACAGUAGACAUUUGUUUAAGCCCACAUGGAGGGGAUACUUGGGGAUUCAUCCUCAUAGGUUUGUGCAGCAAAUUUCUUCCACAUUUUUCGAGCAAUGAAUAUUUAAACAUUCAUGGUCAUGAAAAUACUCCAGCAUGCCGCUCUGUCAGAGGGCAAAGGCAGUGUUGAGAACUGGUUUUCCAAAAAUGCAAGUUUUGCACCUAUAUGUUUUGCCUUGAUAUAUCUCAUUUUGUAACCUAGAUAUCCCAUGAACAACAUUUCAACAAGAACGCUUACUAUGGCAGUUACUGUGAAAUAAUGAAAGCAGGAGUUACUGUUCUUUUACACUUCUACUCCUGUCAUUGAUAUAUAUCUAUACAUCAAGUUGAUACAUCUUGUAGUUUGCAACAUAUUUCCCAUUCAAAAAUAACAUCCCCUUAAUGAGACUUGCCCACCUAUUUAGUUUUUAGUUGAUACGUCUUACAUUUUAAAAGAUGUGCUCUAUACAUAAUUUUAAUUUAGAAAUUGGCAAAGGGCAAUGCAAAAUAACUCUAAAAUGUGGAAUCAAGGGUUUAAGUUCUUGUGCGCUGCAAAUUAUUAGAAUGAGAUCUAGCAACCAAUUUAAUUUAAAAAUCAUAUCUUUUAGAGUUUUUAAUAUAUUCUCAGUACAAAAUUUAAUUAACAUAAACCAAGGGAAGUAACUCUGAAUGUAGAUGAGCUGGAGUUACGGGUUUUGUACACUGCAUAUUUCCUCAAUCAAUUAAUUCAUAUAUAAAAUUAAGUUUCUAGUUAUAACCUCUUCUAGUUUUCGAGUUAUGCACUGGAUAAUAUUAGAAAUAUGUAUUUAUUCUUAAAAUAUAUCGUUAACCUGGAUGUGCAGAUAUGCAAGACAAAAUUUUAUAUCACCAGUUAUCCAGCCAUUCCUGUUUCAUAAACAAAUACAUGUAGGUGACAAUAUGUCACGGGGUUUAAUUCAUGUUUAACUAGUUGUCUUGAUUUGUUGUGGAUGCACUUUAGUUAAAUAAAUAACCACUGCUUGUAUCAAUGGAACUUGACUUUUUAACUUAUGAGUUUAAAUUAAUUAGGUAGAUUUGGUGCUAUUAUUUAAACUGCUUAUGUUCUUUGAUUAUUUAUUUAAUGUUUAUUUGUGAAACUCAAAUACAUGCAAAUGACACU